AUGGCAGAAGAAAUUGAAGCAGAUGAGAGUGCAUAUGAUAUGCUGUUCAGUCCUGUAACACCGUGGCCUUGUUUAUCGUUCGAUUUUAUUUUAGAUAAUUUUUCAUAUAAUAAUAUUUCGUCUGAUAAGUUAAAGAAUGAAUAUGAUCAAAUUAAAAAUGGGGAAAUAACUAUCCAGGAUUUAAAAUACCCUAUAGAUAUUUGUUGUGUUGCUGGGACACAAACAUCCAAAGGGCAGAUAAACAGUAUAUAUUUAAUUAAAUGGUCCAACUUGAAUAAGUUGAGUAGUAGUCAAACGGAUGAGGGGGAAGACUCGAGUGGCAGUGGGAACAACGAAGUAGAUGGUCAUGUGGAUGGAAGAGUGGAGGAUCAUGUGCAUGACUGUAAGGAUGGGAAAAAGAAGAAGCUAAACAAACUAAAGAACCAUAGUGAGGAAGGUAAGAAAGAAAAAGGAAAAAAAGGAAAGGAUACAAAAAGCUCAGUGAUAUGCAAAUCUAUAAAACACGAAUACGGUUGUAUAAACAGAAUAAAAGUAAGUAAAAAAAUAAAUUCCUUAGUAGCAGCAUGGUGUGAAGAUAGUAAUGUAUAUAUAUAUGAGAUAUCAGAUGAAAUGAAAAAUUUAAAUGAUCGUCCAUAUAAUGAGGAAAUAGAAAAAGGUCCAUUACAUAUAUUUGAAAAACAUACUAAUGAGGGGUUUAGUUUAGAUUGGAAUCCGAUCCAUGCAGCUAAGUUACUUACAGGUGAUAACGACGGAAAUCUGUAUCUAUGGAAACCGGACAAUCUGGACAGGUGGACAUACGACCAUCUGAUUUUGGCAAACGAAGCUGGAUAUGAUAGAGUCAUAAGUAGCAGCAUGAGUACCUGUAUGAGCAGCGGAAUGAAUAGUGGUAACAAUUUUGUUAAGGGGGGACAAAGCAUCGAGGACGUGCAGUGGAGCAAGAGGGGGAGUGGGCUUGGUAACGUUUUUUCGAUGUGCUCUACUGACAAAAGCAUUAGAAUUUUAGAUGUACGGAAUUUAAAUAGUGUGAGUAAGAACAGUAAAUAUACUAAUAAUAUACAUAUUGAAAAUGCACAUGCAAGUGAUGUUAAUGUGUUGUGUUGGAAUGAAAAUUUUGAAUAUCUAUUAGCAUCAGGAGGAGAUGAUAACGUAGUUAAAAUAUGGGAUAUAAGAAACUUUAAAAACUCAGUAGCUGAAUUAAUAUAUCAUAAAAAACCCAUUUCAUCUAUUUCUUGGCAUUAUAAAGAUACAUAUGUAUUAUUAGCAUCAAGUUUAGACAAUUCUAUUACAAUAUGGGAUUUAUCAGUUGAGUCAGAAACAUUAGAUCACUCUCUUUCUCUUUAUCCUGACCAAUUAUUAUUUGAACAUCUAAAUCAAAAUUUCAUUACAGAUGCAAAAUUCCAUCCGCUCCAUCCAGGGGUGGUUGUCUCGACCUCAAACGACAACUUCAAUAUCUUUAAAACAUGUAACGUUUAG